GCCGGUUCAAUGAUAGGACCAGACGAACCAUUACCCCGGAACAGGCGAAAGCAAUUCUUGAUCACUAAGCAUAUAUUUCGAGAAUGCGUUGACGCAUCGAAGAACUUUGGAAGUAACAAGGGCAUGGGAAGAGAAGAGCCGACACGUGUGUCAUGAUCUCGGGUUCGUCCGGAUGGAAUGCUGGAGAGGGCUCAAUUCGAUUCUACUCGGAAAAUGCUCGAUAUGAAGGAUCCAUCGGCGAGAAGGAUGAUGUUGUUUGUGCUUGUUGCGCUGUUUCUUUGAUCGUUCGCCUCUGGAUGAAUCCAGAGAUUAGAUGUCCAAGGUUCUUGAGGAAUGUACUCGCGUCCAUCGGCCGAGUGACAUCAUGGUCCUUGUACGCAGAACCAGUACCUUACCUAAGGCCAUGAACCUUAUAAUCAAACAGCCAAGAAUAGAAAGUUCAUUUCCCACGUUUUGGCUUUCCGAAGGUUUGUGAUAUCAGUGAUAAGGGUGCAUAAAUCCGCA